GAAAAUUUUAAAAUGUCGUUGCCCCCCGGAGAAUAUAAAGACACUUAUUUAAGCACUAGGAAUUUCCCCCUUCUAAUAAAUCGCUGUAUCCUCUCUCUUUCUUUUUUAUUGUUCCUUUCUUGAUCUAAUGACUUCGCUUCCCAAUUAUAUCUCUUGCUAUCCUCCUACUUCGAUGGACAUUCUUGACCACAGGCACAGACUGUAUCUGGUGAACGGUCUUAUGGAAAAAGUGCCUUCAAGUACCGAGGAUUUACAUAGUGACGAGGUACCUCAAGCUGACAUGUCCUUGGGUGGCCGCAUGGUUCCCAAGCUGGGCUCAAUAUGCAAAGCUUCAAAUGAGCUCCCAGCAAUUCAGCAUUUUCAUGACUAUCAUCCUCUUCCACAACAACAGAACCAACAGUAUCAGCAGCAACAAGACAUCAAUUUGGCAAAUGAUGGCAUGAAAGAUAUGAUACAGCAUCUGAUACAAAGACAUCAGCUACUUGAUAAUAAUGUCAACACGGGCAUCCUCAAGGAGCUUGCUAGUCUUUUUAAUGAAUCACCAAGGACAGCACAUCGACCUUUGCAACGCGCGCCACAAGUGUUUAGCGGAAAGACAUGUCAAUCAUGCAAAAAAGCCCAUUCUGGAUGUGACCGGAUGCGUCCUUGUGGCCGUUGUGUUCGAAUCAAACAAUGUUGUGUUGAUGCUGAAGUCAAGAAGCGCGGACGGCCAUCGAUUGCGUCACGAAAAUAAACAUUUAAAUAGUAUCUUUUUUGUUGUAGAAUAAAAGUGAUGCCCAAAAAGGGAAAGCUUUUUAAAUAACA